UUCAAAAAACUACUGGGACACUUGACACAAACAAGGAAACUGCAGAGUUAGGAAGCUGGAGCUGCGUGCAGGGAGGAGCAGAAGCCGUCCUCCUUCUAAAGUGUGCGGUCAAAGUAUCUGGAGGCGGCCACCUGGUUCGAGUGGCCCGUUAAAGUUUCACUUGCGCUAAUAAAGAAAGGCAAAUGAACCGAAGGCUUCAAGAAGAAAUCGAGCUGGAGAAGAGCGUCAGGCGCUUCCGGGAAAAGUUUCAUGGAAAAGUCACCCUGGAGAAAGCUACGGUGUUGAUGCGCCGAUAUAACAAUGACCACGCUAUGGUUGCCAAGUGCAUCAUUUUAAUGAAGGAUCAAGAGCUUGAUGAAGAAGAUGAAGAUGACUUGAGGAAUGACCAGAUUAUCCAGAAUGUGGUCAGGAGAGUCCAAGCAGAAGAACAGCGGCAGCUGCAGGCACAGAGGAACAUGCAGCAAGAGAAUGCCAGGGCUGCACUGUCCCAAGACGACGACAUCCAGCAAAUCACAGAGAUGCUGAGGGUGCUUCCUCUCACGGAGAAGAAUGUGCGCAUGUUUGACAAUGCUCAGCAAAACCAGAUUCCUUUCGAGGACCGACAGUUUGCCUGUGAGCCCUGCGACAGGGUUUGGUGGAGGAGAGUCCCGACCAGGAAAAAGGUUUCCAGAUGUCAGUCCUGCAAAGUGAAAUAUGACCCAGUGCCUCAAGACAAGAUGUGGGGAGUUGCUGAAUUUAUGUGCCCUCAUUGCCAUCGAAGUUUCAGGGGCUUUGCAAAGAUGGACGUGCUGUCGCCGUGCUUUUCCUGUAGGAUGCUUUUGAGGCCUAUUCGCAUUCUGCCACCGACGAAAGGCACAGGCCAACGUACCAGGAACACACACAGCUGCUGCGCCGAGGACUGCUUCAACCGCAGAAAUCCCUACGUGCCAGGAACACACUGUGUUCAUCCCAGGAGUCGGCAACUCAAUCGCAAACCACGGGUGGUUCAUCCAAGCUUAGUCCACAUCAGUACAGGCUCCACAGUGGCGACAUGCUUGAGUCAGGGCAAUCUUGUGGAGGAUGAUCUCGAUGACCUCAUUGUGUUAGACUUACAGUCUAUACCUGAAGAGGAAAGUGAAGAUGAUGAUGAUGAGAAUGGAGGAGCCAACGAGGGCUGAAUCUUCAGAUCAAAUGAAAAAACAAAGGGACAGUCCCAGUCCUGAACUGGGUUUCAUUUACAAUUAUUCAAAAAUUGGGUUAAUAAGUAAGCGCCUCUUAUUGAUGUCUUUUAAUUAAUUUGGUCUUUACACAUUUUUGCAGUGUACAUUCUCAUUGACUUAGGCUAUUGUAUAUACAAACAAUGAGUUAUUAAAACAAUUAUGAAUACA